AUGCAUCGUAUUAUACUCAUCGUUGCCUUAGUCUUGGUCAUGCAAGGUGUUUUCUUAAUUCAUGGAGGACCAGUUAGUACUCAUGGUGUCAUUGGUCACGAAGAGUGGAAUACAACAGUUCAUCCAGAUUCAAUGGGACAAGAGAUUGGGAAACGCAUGGAAUGUAGCUGUAAUACGCGGUGUCGGAAUUACUGUGCUGACUUGCCUCUUGACUAUCCGUGCUCAACGCAAUGCUUAUAA